AUGGUAACAAAAUUAAAAAGUCAUACAAUUCACGUAGUUUAAAUGAAUAAAAUAACUAAAGCGUUCACAAUCAAACAUUAGUCUAGUCAAAAUAUAUAAAAUGAAAAGAAAAAUACUAUCAUUCAAGAAUAAUCUUAAUUAAAUUCAGAACAAAUAGAAAAAUAAGAAAAUAAUUUAUAAGAAAUAAAAGAAUCUUUUUUGAGAGAUCUAUUUAAUGAAAUAUGUAAUUAACAACAUAAAUUAAAAUUGGGUGUUAACUUUAUUUUCUAUUAAUUACUAUGUUGUACAUGUAUAGAAAAGAUAUAAAUGACAAGAAAAAUGCUAUCAUAAUGUGAAACUGUUAUUUAAUAGGAUUUAGAUAUUGUAGACAUUCUUUAAAAAUUAUAAUAAAUAGAAAAAUUAAAAUAAACAUUGUUGGAGAAAGAAUAAAUUAGAGUUUUCAAUUAUACUCCAAAACCUAUUAUUAAUAUAGAAGAGAAUCGAAAGAUCAUACUAAAUACAGAAGGAGAGCCUAGUUAAUUAAUACAAAAAUCAAAUCAUCAAAAAAAAUAUAAUCGAUUGAUUAGAAAUAAGAAUUAUCAUUAACCAAAUAAAAUGGUGAAAAUUUAUAAUUCUUAUGUAAAAUUAAAAGAGAGUAAUGCUCCAGUAGAUUCAAAGAUAAUCUAUUUGAUGGGACCAGCCAUGGUAUAAAUUUUUGAUAAGUAUUAUGAAAUUCAAUCUCUUUAAUCUCAUCAUAAAUAUUUAGAAGAAGCACACUAAUAGGAUUUUGGAGGUUCUGAUAAAUUGUUAAGUGACUAUGUCUCACCUCAUCCUAACAAUGAUGAAAAGGAGAAUUAAUAAAAUGCUAAAGUUCAUUUAAGAACAAAACCAAAAACUUUGAAUGAUUAAAAAAUUAAUUUUUUUAAUGAAUGA